UCAAUUCUGGAGGCCAGCCGUCAUCAAGGAUUUAGUUGCCAUUCACACCGAUACAAGAGUCUGUUUUAAUCUAUACAUUGUAUAUACAUUACUUGGAUUGGAAACCAGUGUCUGGCAGACCCACCGAUCAGUAGAAUAGGUUUCUACUUGUUGCUCUUUUGCUUGGUGAAUGACCGCCAUUACCAGGAAUCCUACAUCGACUCCUGCUACUGAAUAUAUAGCAUCGAUACCUUUUAAUCCUACAACAGUUACUUCCACUACGACUAAUAUGGCUUCAACUCAUAUCCCUACUACUAAUAAUCCCACUUCUAGUGCUGCUUUGAUUCCAACUCCCAUCGACCCUGUUCCUAGUGCAACUUCACCUGCUACAGACCGUAGAACAUCCACGAGUCUUGGCACUGCUGGCUUGUCGCUUUCUCCUCCAAUAAGGAGAUCAAGGGCUGAGACCUUCUCAACCUUCUCGAUCCAGUCUGCUGGAACUGAUUCUCCCUUUGUCCCUCCCGUUUCUGAUGUCGCUCGGUCGCCUAGUCUAGGGCUUGCCUUGGGGCUUCCUGCCAAGAGUAACCCUGACAACCUGCAGCCUGAAUUGGAGUUGCUACAGCAGCAUUUGCUUUUUCCCACCAGUCCUCCACACCAGCAACAACGGAUGCUACCUCAACAUAGAGGUCGGCAUCGUACUGGAUCUCUGUCUAUCCCUCUGCAUGGCAUCUCGGAUGCCUUUAGUACCGCCCUUUUUUCAUCCAACUGGCAGCCUGCUGUCGCUGUUCCUGCUCCUAUCACAGAAGCCUUGUCUGGUCGUAAUGCUGAUAUUCUCGAUGAUUUUGAGGGAUCUACUGCAUUGGUCCGCACCCUCGAUUAUUUAGGUUUGGACGAUGUUCCUGAUUCUGAACUGCAGGAUACCGUCGAUACCAAAAUAUCUCCUGCUCAAGGACAAUCGUCUUUCAAGUUGGCAUCGCACCAGCAACCUUCGCGAUCCUCUAUUUCGCACUCGCCAAUCUUGAAAUCUUCUCAACAAAUGGAUCGACUGUUUUGGGAUUCAACUACUUUUGCUGGACCAUCCGCACUACAAUCCCUCUCUGCAUCGUCCACCAUUCAACCAAGAGCUAGAUCAGUGAGUUUCAUGUCGACGCGCCAUCAGUCCCGAUUUCCAGUGACCGACCCAGGUGCAUUGCUUGCUGAUUCAACCCCAUAUACAAAACCAUUUUCACUCUCCUCCACUCCAUCUCGACCACGAUCUUCGACUAUUGCAUACGCAGAACCCAUUCGCGAAACUCAGUCACCUUACUCAUUUGGUAUGCAAACUCUGGGUUCGUUUAGCACUCCAUCCUUGUUAAGUAUGGAGCAUAUGCUCGAUCCAAGCUCUGCAUGGGAUAUGCCUCGCUCCCCAUUCCAAUCUAGGCAUGCAGAUCCUAUUGGUGCUUCUCUUGGUGAGUAUGGUGAGCGACUGAGCAAUGUUGCAAGUGUGACCGAGGAGCCACAUUCACUACUCUUUGGAGAUGCUGCUUCAGGGCAGGACGGCAACUCGGAAGACUUUUCUUAUCAAGAGAUGCAUGUUCCCUCUCGCUCGCUUUGGGUAGGCAACAUCGAUGCUCUCAUGUCAUCGGCUGAUCUACAUGUCAUCUUUUCUCCCUUUGGACUCAUCGAGUCGAUCCGCAUGCUUCCUGAAAAAGAGUGUGCAUUCAUCAACUUUAUGAACAUUGAAGACGCUGUGGUUGCACGCCAGCAGAUGCACGGCGGACGUAUUCGCAACAAUAUUGUUCGUGCCGGGUUUGGCAAAUCAGACCCUGGCACUACCGAAGUUCAUGGAACUCAGCCAACUAAAUCUAUCUGGAUUGGAAACAUUUCUCCAACCACAAAUCCGGCAGCUCUGGAAGGAAUCUUUUCGUGUUUUGGUCAGGUCGAGUCUGCGCGCGUCUUGACGCAUAAAAAUUGCGGGUUUGUCAAUUUUGUCCAUGUUCAGGAUGCUAUACGUGCCCGCAAUGAAAUGAACAAUCAGGAUAUCGGCGGCUUUGUUGUCAAGAUCGGAUUUGCAAAAGUUCCUUCAAAAACCGAUGCUAUUGCUGGUAUUGGUAUCACAAGCAAUGGUGUGUCCAGUACAAAUAUCCCAGCCACUAGUCUUUCUUCUAGUGUGACUGGAGCGAUCCAAGCACCUAGUAGUUCUCCAAAGACACUUUUGAAUACAGCAUCCCCUCAGCCAGGACUCUCUGUGGCUUUAUCAGUCGGUACUCCAAUGCUGAAUAAGAAUCGAUCACCACUGCUGUCAUCUGAUAGCGACUCUAAUUUACAGGAAGAACCAAGUCUUUUGGAUCAGCUACCAUGUGUUGUACCUGAUAUUGUGUAUGCGACAUCUAUUCCUCGUCUUCCAGAGGCUAAUCCUCAACAUGCCAUUGAACCUGGUCGCUUACGAGAUAUUCGUAAGCGGCUUGAUGGCAUGAUGACGCCACGGGACAUUGGGGCAAUCUACCAAGAAACGAUUGGAGAUGCAGCACAACUGUGCUCUGAUUACAUUGGUAAUAUUGUGAUCCAGAAAGUGGUAGAAAAGUGUCCAGAACCACAACGACAAUUCUUGGUUGAAUCGGUUGCGCCUCAUCUCCCAGCACUGGGAGUACACAAGAAUGGUACGUGGGCGGUACAGAAAAUUAUUGAACGAGCCAAGACACAUGCAGAGAUUGUUGCGAUCGUGGAUGCAAUUCGUCCCUUUACGCCUCCACUACUGAUGGAUCAGUUUGGCAAUUAUGUAGUACAGUGUUGCUUAAGGCUUGGGCCCCAGUACAAUCAAUUCAUUUUUGAUUCGCUGUAUUCAGUAUGCCUUGAUCUAGGACAAGGACGAUAUGGUGCACGAGGCAUGCGAGCUUGUUUGGAAAGCUCAUAUACCACCAAAGAUCAACAAAAGUUGCUUCAGAUUGCCAUCACCCAACAUGCUGCACCAUUGUCGAUGAAUUCAAACGGAGCCAUUUUGCUCACUUGGCUGAUGGAUGUAUGCCCUUUUUCUGGACGGUACCGUGCUUUGGUGAAUAGUAUUGCACCUUGUAUCGUUGCUUUGGCCACUCAUAAAUUGGCAUCUGUUUGUGUAUUGAAGUUGGUGAUUCAACAAGCAGAACUGGAUGCUCGUGAAAAAACACUCUAUGAGCUAUUUGAACGAGAGGCCAACUUGGAUGCGAUUCUAUCAGACCAUGCACACGGCGUUGUGUUGCUACAGAAGAUUUUGUCGUCUGCAUACAACACAAAUGAAGAGCGUUUGCGUUUGGCGGAACUAACACGCCAAGGACUGGAAAGAUGCAGUAGCAAUACCAAUCUCGAUGGACAUCUUACAUAUAGAAGAUUACUGGAUGAAUUGGCAGCGAUUGGACUAACACCUGAUUUGCACCAUACCAGUGGUGCAUCUGCUGUAUCACACUCUCCCUUGCAUCUAUCCACGUUUACUCCCUCACUGACGGACAAUCAGAUACAUGCAGCAACAACUGCUCAACUGGCCACCACUCCAACUUUCCAACGCGCACCAGGAGUGUUUGGAGUAGCUGGGGAUGAGUCGAUGUCCUACACUCCUAGUAGAAAUAUGACCGAGGAUGCAGGAUGUGUUGAUGGAAGUGGACUGUAUCUACACAACAAUAGCAGUAGCAUCAGCACGAACAGCUACCAUCAUUCUACCCAUGUCACCACCCAUGAUAAUACUACUAGCGGAGGACUAUUUUCUCAAGCAGAUGAGGCUCUUCCCAGUCCGCGAUUGACUCCGCUUAUGCCGUUUUCGAGCCAAUCUCCAGUUAUGGCUCAACCGCAACAUUUACAGUCUUCUGCUUAUAGGUCUGUGUAUGAUCAACCAUAUGAUUCUAUGCAACAGCACAUGUAUGUGUAUCCUCCCAUGUACGGGUAUCCGUCUCAGUAUUCUCAGUAUCAACAGCCCCAGCAGUUUCAACAAAAUAGAAAUUCACCGCUUCAACCUCCAUUGCAAGAGUCACAGGAUCAGCAGAUCAACCAACCAUCCACCUUGAAUCAUCUCUAUGGACAUGCAUUAUAGAGCUAUCUUUCAUUACUAUGUUUUGCUUACUCUUCAGCCUUAUUUUCUUUUCAAAAAACUUUGAGCGAUUGCCAUAUUCUUCAAGUCUCGACCUUUUCACUAUAGAUACAGCUGUAUUCACGUAAAAUGAAACACUUGUAUCUAUCUUGCGGUCAGACUCUUUAUUUUGUUCGAGAAUAAAUAAUAGUUAAAUAUUG